AAACCCUUGCAAGCAAGAACUAUCUGUGGUGUCUUUUUCUUUGACGAAAAUACCCUAAAACAAUGCCUUUAUUCCCAAAAAGCCCCACCCACUUGCCCAUUCCAUUUGCUUGCUUGCUCUGCAAGUGCAACUUCAAGAACUCCCAACACAAUAAACUAUAUUUACCCACUAAAGAAGUCUUCCCAGAAACUACUGCUUUUGUCUUUUAUAUUUGAAAAUAGCUUUUUUAGCAGAAAUCCUGGGACCUUUCUGUCUCCAUUUUUCUUUUCUUCAUCUUCUGCGGAAGUUUAUGCUUUAUAUCUAGAAAGAGCUAUUAAAGGGAAGAAAAGGAAGAUGGGUAUGGGAACAAGCACUUUUGUGAUCAGAUGGAUCAACUUUCUUACAAUGCUUUUAGCCGUAGCUGUGAUAAUUUUUGGAGUAUGGAUGAGUACUCAUCAUGACGGGUGCCGGAGGUCUCUGACCCUCCCUGUGUUAGGCCUGGGCGGUUUCAUAUUUGUUGUGUCUAUAGUUGGAUUCUUGGGUGCACUGAAGAAGAACUCCAUACUCUUGUGGAUAUAUCUAAUCCUGCUUUUCAUUAUUUUGAUUGCAAUUCUGGUCUUCACAGUAUUGGCGUUCAUUGUAACAAAUAGUGGGUCAGGCCAUACUGUGGCUGGUCUAAGGUACAAGGAGUAUCAACUCAAAGAUUAUAGUUCAUGGUUUCUAAAACAGCUAAACAAUACUAAUAAUUGGAAGCGGUUAAAGACUUGUCUCGUGAAAUCUGAUGACUGUAAUAACCUGGCAAACAAGUACAAGACACUCAAAUCGUACAAGUCUGCAAAACUGACCCCUAUUGAAUCUGGCUGCUGCAGACCACCAUCUGAGUGCGGUUAUCCUGCUGUCAAUGCAUCAUACUAUGACUUGAGUUUCCAUCCAAUUAGUUCCAACAAGGACUGCAAACUUUACAGAAAUUCCCGGUCCAUCAAGUGUUACAAUUGUGCUUCUUGCAAGGCUGGUGUCGCACAAUACAUGAAAACAGAGUGGAGGGUGGUUGCAAUUUUUAACGUGGCUCUUUUUGUCAUCUUGUCGAUUAUAUACUUUGUGGGAUGCUGUGCAAGACGAAAUGCUGCCGGAAAUCACUUGAAAGCUUGAACGAAUGAUUAUCUAUUUUCAGAAACCUAUUGUUGAAAGAGAAGUUACCAAUAGCUGCUGAAUAUUCUCCUGUACCAAUGGGUGGUUUUUGCGAGUUGUUCAGUUCAAAGAUGGUGGGAAGAUCAGCUUGUGGUCAGAGUGUUUUCAUCUGAAGCAUUGAAUACAGUAGUGUGAAAUCAUUUAUUCUUCCAUCACGCUGAUUGUGAAAAGAAAAUGAUCACAUUAUCUCUGUAAUUGAUCGGUCUUUGAGUAUUAUCCUAUUUAAUGUUAUUCUCUAACAUACACAUAAAACCAGGUAGUUUAAAACUAAUCACUAAUCGAUUAUUUUCCCGUUGCAA